AUGCUGCGCCUGGUGGUGGCCGGUGCCCGCAUCCCCGCGCCGCGGGCCGCCGGCGCCGACGUGCACGUGCGCGCCGAGUUCGGAGGCGUCCCCAGGAGCACCCGGGUGGUGCCGGGCGAGCGCGACACGGCGUGGAACGAGACGUUGGUGUGGCCGCUGGGCGCCCGGCCCCUGGAGCCCGCUGCCACGGUGGUGCUGCGCCUGCGGCAGUGGGGCCACCCGGCACCUGACGGAGACCUGGGCGCCGCCACGGUGCCGCUGGCGCAGCUGGCGGCGGAGCCAAGCCGCCCGCUCGCCCUGAGCGACGUGCUGCUCCUGGACCGAAACCGCCGGCCCACCGGGGUGCGGGUGAGGAUCAUCGAAGGGCGCCAGCUGCAAGGGAACAACAUCAAGCCGGUGGUGAAGGUGUUCAUCGGCGAGCACGCGUUCCGGACGAGGAUCGGGAGCGGGAACAACCCCUACUACAACGAGGUGUUCUGCCAGAAUUUCCACGAGACGCCAGCUCGCCUCUUCGACGAGCCCAUCCACAUCCAGGUGCUCAACUCCAGGGCGGUGCGCGCCGAGUCCGUCAUCGGCGUCUUCAAGCUGGACGUCGGCAGCGUCUACAGCUCGCCCGGUCGGGCGCUCGCUUGGAAGUGGCUCGGCCUCCACCGGCCCGACCGCCUCGACGCCGGCCUCCGGGGCUACCUGCGAGUCAGCCUGCGCGUGCUGCGCGCCGGGGACCCCGCGCCGGUAGGUGAGCAGGAGAAGCCGGCGGAGAGCGAGGACGUGGAGGCCGAGCUCCUGCAGCCCUCGGCGCUGCCCGCCUGCGUGGCCACGCUCCAGCUGCGCGUCUACCGGGCCGAGGACGUGGCGCGGGACGAUGCACCCCGGCAAUAUUUCCACUCGGUGCUGGGCGCCGGCAAGCGCGGCGGCCUCGCCGUGGAGGUCGCCUUCGGCGGCAGGACGCUGCGCACCGCGGCCGUGCCGCCCGGCGCCGACCCCGCGUGGAACGAGGCGCUCUUCUUCCCGCUGCGGCUCCCCCCCGUCUGCGAUGAGAUCCGCCUGGCCCUGCUCAGCGGGGACCGUGCCGAGAAGGGCGACGUCCUGGGCACGGCCACCCUCCGCCUGUCCCAGGUGGCCUCAGCCGGCGCCGCCGCGGAAGGGGGCUUCUCCGGCUUCCUGCCCUGCUUCGGACCCAGCUUCCUGCCCAUGUACAGCGGUCCCGGUGCCGGGCCGGACCCCGCCGAGGCGCCCGGCGGCCGGGCGUCGCGGGACGGCUGGGCUGAGCCGCUCGGCGCCUCGCGGGACGACCGCGGCGUGAAUUAUCGCGGGCGGCUCCUGCUGGAGCUCAGCACCAGCGCCGGGAGCCCGCCCGAGCGGGACAGGGCCGCCGUCGCCCCCGAGGACGUCGCCGGGGCGGAGCGGUCCCUGCGACGCCGCAAGUACGGGCUUUGCGCCGUGUUUUACUCGGCCACGAUGCUGGCGGGCGGCCCGGAGCUGGUGCAGUUCGAGGUGAGCAUCGGCAGCUACGGGAGCAGGGCCGACGGCGCCCGCGAGCCGGCCGCCACGCAGCUCAGCCCGGCCGUCUACGACGGCAACCGCUACUACUACCUGCCGUGGUACGACGCCAAGCCGGUGGUGGCCGUCACUUCUUCCUGGGAGGACGUGAGCCACCGCUGGGACUCGCUGAACGCGCUGCAGGCUGUGCACGACCGGCUGGAGCAAAACCUGACGGCGCUGCGUGACCUCGGCCGGGCCGACGAUGCCGCCGCCCGGGACUGCGCCGGGAGGAAGCUGCUCCGCGAGCUGCUCCGGGAUUGCAAAAAGGUGCUGCCGGCGCUGGAGGCUCAGCCGACGGCCACGGCGCUGGACGGGCACCUGCGAGCCGCGCGGCUCCAGCUGCUGCAGCAGCUCGUGGCCGAAGCCGGAGCCGCCGGUGCCGCCGGUGCCGCCGCCGCGGUGCUGCCGACGGCGGAGGGCUGGCUGCAGAGGCUCGCGGCGGCCGUGCCGGAGGCCGCCGUGCCCGACGUGGUGCUGUGGCUGGUGCGGGAGGAGCGGCGGGUGGCCUGCGCCCGACUGCGCCCUUGGGUCGUCGCCUUCUCCAAGAGCGGCACCGGCGGUGGCAAACUCUGCGGCAAGACCCACACGCUCUUCCUGACGCUCCGCGUGCGCCUCUGGCUGGGGCCGGUGGCCGAGAGCCAGGAGCUGCCGCGGCGCCUCGAGGGCUCCCUGCGGGUCUACGCCGAGACGUACGAGAACCAGAUGAAGCUUUUUGGCAAGUGGGGGGCGCGGGGGCUCGUGGGGCGCCCCGGUUUCUCCGACGCCAGCGGCAGAGCGGCGCUGCCCCGCGACAAGCUGCGCCCGCCGCCGGGCUGGCGCUGGGACGGCGCCUGGAGCGCGGAGCCGCGGCGGCGGCUGCUGCUCGCCGCGGAGAGUAGCGUGGCCGAGGUGCUGGAGGAGGUGUACGAGAACGAGAGCCGGCCGCCCGGCGGGCAGUGGGCGCCGGCGGGCAGCACCGACGCCGUGAGCGCCCAGGGCUCAGCCCCACCGCGGACCGGUGUGGCGGUGCCCCCCAAGGAGCAGGUCACCUGCCCCCAGGGCUGGCACGUCCCCGAGGGCUGGCGGGUGGAGGUGACGGGCGCCGUGGAUGACGCCGGCUGGGAGUACGGGGGCAGCGCGGCGCCCGGCAGCCCGCCGCCCGCCUGGCACGCCGCCGAGGAGCCCGGCGACACGCGCCGGCGCCGGCGCUGGCUGCGCACCCGCCGCAGGGACCCCGGAGCCCAGGGCACCCGGCAGGAUGUGACCACCCCGCUGCGGCCGCGCCCACAGCACGCGCCGGAGCCGCCGGUGGGCGCCGAGGCCUGGGAAUACGCCUCCUUCUCCGGCUGGCGCUUCCACCCGCAGCCCCAGGCGGGCGACGUGUACCGCCGGCGCCGCUGGCUCCGGCGCCUGGUGCCCGAGCGGCCUGGGCCUGCCGCCCCCCUCUUCCUCCUCGAGGGCUCCCUGCUCUGGCCGGACGACGACGAUGCCAAGCCGCCGGAGACGAGCCGGGCGCCGGCACCCGGGACGCCCCUCAUCCUCUGCGUCUUCCAGCGACCCAGUUACUUCCAGCUGCGCUGCUACAUCUUCCAGGCCAUGGAGCUGGCGCCCCGCGGCGGCAGGGCCACCGCGGACCCCGUGGCCCACGUGUCCUUCUUGCACGUCAGCCAGCGCACCCGAGCCCUGGUGGCCACCCUGGACCCCCGCUGGGACCAGACUCUGCUCUUCGACCGGGUGCUGCUCUACGGGGACCCCCAGGGCAUCCGCGCUGAGCCCCCUGCUGUGGUGGUGGAGAUCUUCGACCAGGAUGGCGGGGGCGCCGGCGCCUUCCUGGGCCGCAGCGUGUGCUGGCCGGCCGUGUGCCUGGACGUGGGGCGCCGGCGGGUGCCGCGGCUCCGGCAUCACCCCAUCGGCGGCCCGACGGGGCCGGCGGGCGAGCUGCUGGCCGCCUUCGAGCUGCUGCACGACGCCGAGGACGGCGCCCUGGCUCGGCUCCCAGCGCCACCGGGCACCGCGGGCGCCUUCGGCAUCCCGGCGGGCGUGCGCCCGGCGCUGCGCCUCAUGGCGCUGGAGGUGCUGGCGUGGGGGCUGCGGGGGCUGUGCGGUGCCGGCGCCCCGCUGCCCGCCCGGGCGCCCUGCCUGCUGGUGGAGUGCGGGGGCCGGGCGCUGCGGACGCCCCCCAUCGCCGACCUCCGCGCCAACCCCAACUUCCCCGUCAACGCCUUCCUGCUCCCGCUGCACCUGCCCGCGGAGGAGGACUACGUGCCGCCCGUGACGCUGCGGGUGCUGGACACGCGGGAUUUCGGCUACCGGCCGGAGCUGGGCCGGGCCAGCGUGCGGAGCCUGCGGCCGUACUGCUGCGAGCCGGCCGUGCCGGGGCAGCCGCCCGCGCUGCCGGGCCCCGCCGCUUCCCAGAGCUGGAUCACCCAGCUGCUGGCCAGGAUCGCGGCCGAGAUGGGGGCCGGGGACAAGGCCACCGAGGAAGAGGAGGAGGAGGAGGAGGAGGAAGGUGACUGGUGGAGCAAAUUCUACGCGGCCACGGGCAACGCGGCCAAGAGCCGCCGCGGCCCGGCCAAGGACGCGCUGACGGUGUACGGCUGCGAGCUGGAGGCGGUGCCCGAAUUCGAGGGGCUGCAAGAUUUCUGCCAGACCUUCCCGCUGUACCGUGCCGCGGCGAGGACCGAGGCCGCUGAGGACCCCAUGCCCGUGGGGGAGUUCAAGGGGCUCUUCCGCAUCUACCCGCUGCCGGAGGAUCCCGGCGUGCCCCCACCGCCACGCCACUUUCAGGAGCUGCCCCCCAGCCGGCCCCAGGAGUGCCUGGUGCGGGUCUACAUCAUCCGGGCAUUCGACCUGCCCCCCAGGGACAGGAAUGGGCUGUGCGACCCCUACGUCCGCGUCUCGCUGGGGACGAAGAAGUUGGGCGACCGUCAUCAGUACGUGCCCAACACCCUGGAGCCCGUUUUCGGCAGGAUGUUCGAGAUGACGGGCACCAUCCCACUGGAGAAGGACCUGCAGAUCUCGCUCUUCGACUAUGACCUGCUGCCGCCCGACCAGGAGAUCGGCAGCACCAGCAUCGACCUGGAGAACCGCCUGCUGUCCCGCUUCCGUGCCCACUGCGGGCUGCCCCAGCUGUAUCGCAUCGCCGGCCCCGGGCGAUGGAGGGACCAGCUCACGCCCAGCCGGGCGCUGGAGCUCUUCGCCCGCGCCCGGGGACUGCCGGCGCCCGAGUUCAGUGCCGACGGCGGUGCCGUCGCCUUCGGGGGAUCCACCUUCCUCCUCACCCAGUUCGAGAGGGGGUCCCCCGCGUACCGGCACCCCGGGGCGCCCCGGGAGCGCCUGGCCCUCCACCUGCUCCGCGCUUGCCGCCUCGUCCCUGAGCACCUCGAGACUCGCACCCUCUACAACAGCACCCAGCCCGGGCUGGAGCAGGGCAAGCUGCAGGUGUGGGUGGACAUCUUCCCCGCCGGCCUCGGCCCGCCGGGCCCCGCCGUCGACGUCACCCCCCGCAAGCCGCAGAGGUACGAGCUGCGCUGCGUCAUCUGGAACACGAGGGACGUGGACCUGCAGGACGCCAGCCUGACGGGGCAGAGGAUGAGCGACAUCUACGUCAAGGGGUGGCUGGACGGGUUGGAGGAGCAGACGCAGAAGACGGACGUGCACUACCGCUCGCUGCGGGGAGACGGCAGCUUCAACUGGCGCUUCGUCUUCCCCUUCGACUACCUGCCCGCCGAGCAGCUCUGCGUCAUGCCCAAAAAGGAGCAUUUCUGGAGCCUGGACGAGACGGCGCGCAAGGUGCCCCCCAAACUCAUCCUCCAAGUGUGGGACAACGACAAGUUCUCGGCCGACGACUUCCUCGGCGUCCUGGAGCUGGAGCUGGGCAGCCUGCCGCGGCCGGCGCGGCGCCCCGGCGGUUGCACCCUGGCACUGCUGGGCGCCCGGCGGCGCUGGCCGCGGCGGGGCGCCCGGGUCCCCCGCUUCUCCCUCUUCCGGCAGAGGUGUGCCAGGGGCUGGUGGCCCUGCUCCGUGGAGGAGGAGGACGGCAAGCGGCGCCUGGCGGGGAAGCUGGAGAUGAGCCUGGAGCUGCUGACGGCAAAGGAAGCGGAAGAGCGGCCGGCGGGGAAAGGACGGGAGGAACCCAACAUGUACCCGACCCUCCAACCGCCCCUGCGCCCGGACUGGUCCUUCCUGUGGCUUCAGGCCCCGCUGCGGACGCUGCGCUACGCCGUCUGGCAGCGGCACCGCUGCCGGAUCAGCGCGGGGCUGGCGCUGGCCCUGCUGCUCGCGCUGCUCCUCGCGUUCGUCUACGCGGCGCCCGGCUAUUUGGCCAUGAAGCUGGUUAACCCCCUUCGGAGCUUGCACCCCUUCGGCGGUGGCACGACCAAGGCGGCGGCGACGACGACGACGACAGCAACAACCCCCAGCACGGCCAAGCCCUGAGCCAGCACCGGGACGCUGCGGCCCGGGGGGGGCGACGUGUUGCCGCCGCACUGCCCCGUCCCCUCUUUAAUAAAACCCGACG